GGUUAUGAAUGAUUUGACAACUACGUCGACACUGUACUUGAGAGAAUAUAAAUCAAAGAAUAUGGACAGCGAACAAGAGAAUACACUAAAACUGGAAGGUUAUGCAGAUAGAAAAUACAUUAGAUUUCAAGGUCUUAAAAAAACUCCCAAAUGUCCAAGCAAUCGUAUUGAAAGUUUAGAUACAAAUCAGACCGAUUCGCAACAAUUCAAUAAUCAAGAUAUUACGAGAAAAAAAGGUGUGUCUUUGAUACAAUUUGUACAGACAGAAUUAACCAGAGGAUAUCAAUUGGAAUAUGACGAAGAAAGAUUUUCUGCAAGAAGAGAAAAGAUUUAUUCGUUUAUGAAAAUUCCUAGAGAAGUUGAAAAAUUCAUGAUUUAUGGCUUUCUUCAGUGUGCAGAUUCAUUUUUAUUUGUCUAUACAUUUUUACCAUUAAGAUUUAUUAUGGCAUUAUGGGCUGUAGCUACAAGACCCCUUUGGCAUUGUUUGGGAAGUAAGAAACUUCGUGCCAAAAGAAAAGAAAGACUUUUGAGGCCAGCUGAAGUGUGUGAUUUAUUGAAGGGGGUGGUAGUACUAGGUUGCUGGGCAGCCACGUGGAAAGUGGACACAUCAAUGAUGUAUCAUGUAGUUAAAAGUCAAUCAGUAAUAAAAUUAUAUAUUUUUUAUAAUAUGUUAGAAGUAGGAGAUCGACUUUUUAGUGCAUUUGGUCAAGAUACAAUAGAUGCAUUACUUUGGACUGCCACAGAACCACGUUCUCGGACACGAUCAACUCGUUCUCAACACUUGGGAACAUUGCCACAUCUCCUGUUUGCUCUUGCUUAUGUGUUGCUGCAUAGUAUACUGGUGCUGUUCCAAGCAACUACUUUAAAUGUAGCUAUAAAUAGCAGCAACAAAGCUCUUCUUACAAUAAUGAUGUCUAAUAACUUUGUCGAAUUAAAAGGUUCUGUUUUCAAGAAAUUUGACAAGAAUAAUUUGUUUCAAUUAUCUUGUGCCGAUGUCAGGGAGCGUUUUCACUUAACCAUGUUACUGUUAGCAGUUACACUGCAAACAAUGAAGGAGUAUGCAUGGCGAGCUGAUAGGUUAAUUGUGCUACUACCUGAUUGCGUAAUGUUGCUAUUAGCAGAAGUUCUUGUUGACUGGGUAAAGCAUGCAUUCAUCACUCGUUUUAACGAGCUAAGCUCAACUGUCUAUAGGGAUUACACAGUUAGUUUGGCUUAUGAUAUGGCUCAAACGAGACAAAAAACAGCAUUUUCUGAUCCAUCGGAUUUGAUAGCUCGGAGAAUGGGCUUUAUCCCAUUACCCCUUAGUGUUGCUAUGGGCAGAGUACUAUGUACAACUUUAACACCAUCUGCAAGACCAGCAAAUUUCAUUUUGUUAAUAUUAGCAUAUCUCAUACUUGUAGCUUUACGUAUAUUAAACAGUCUAAUUAUCUUGGGUAGAGCAUGUGAUUUAAUAUCUUCGCAUGCACAUUCAAAUAAAAAUGAGAUGGGUGAAGAAACACUGAUUCAGAAUUUCAAUAAAUCAAGUGCAGAUAUAAAAGAUCCAAAUUUGGCAACAGCUAUAUUUUCAAAUAGUGCUGUCAGUUUGAACAAUGUAUGUCUUAACGAUGCUCUACUUAAAUCAGAUGAUACAGACGAGCUGGACAGAUCUGAGGACAACUCGGCUAAAGUUGCGUCACCAGUUAAAAACUUUUUAAGAAGUGGAAGUGAACCUUUACUUCCUCAAUGACAGCUUUUCUUAGUAUAAUUGUAGCUCAAAACUUUUUUGUUCGUAAAUAAUAUAAAUAGCUGUGUAUACAUAUAUGUAGACAUACUUAUGUGUGUGUACAUGUUAUUCUCAGGUUUUUUAUGAUAUGAAUUAAAUAUAAGUAUUUAAAAAAAAUAGAAAAAGGAAUAAAAUUCGAAGGUACUUUAA